AUGCCAUACUUCUCCUUAUCCAACAAUGACCUUGUCGACAACAACAAUGAAAACCACAACGACAACCACCACAACGACAACCACGUGCCAUCAACAGCCAUUCAGCAACAAUUUCUACAGCAGCAACAACAACUCUACCAACAGCAGCAACAACAACAGCAGCAACAGCAACAACUACAACAGCAGCUACACAAAACGACUCAUCCGAUGUUUAGAAAUCGCACACACGCUGAAAACGACGCUAUUGAAAAACGCCCGGACGAUUACGACGACGAUGGUGGCAAAAUAUUUGGUGGGAAAAAAGAUGAAGAUGACGUCAAAGGUAGCCAGCAUCCCUUGAAUUCUUUUCCUCAUCAUCCACAUUUUCCUCUUCCUCCUCAGCCACAGCAGCCACAGCAGCCACCAAAUUGCCGAACUGUUGCUCUCGGCAGCGUUUCCGUUAUUAAAAUUGCCCAAUUAUGUACUGAUAUUUCGCCGUCUUCGUCGUCGUCUUCUUCUUCUUCAUCAUCAUCGUCAUCAUCAUCAUCAUCGUCAUCAUCAUCAUCGUCAUCAUCAUCAUCGUCAUCAUCAUCAUCGUCAUUUUUAAUCAAGAAAUUGCUCAAAAUAAGAAGAGACGGUAACAAAGACAUCAGAAAUUACGCUAUUAUCGCUAAUAGUAACAACAACAACAACAACAACAACAAUAACAAUAAUAAUAAUAAUGAUGCAAUACAAUACAAUGGUAAUAAUAAUAAUAAUAGUAAAAAUAAUAAAACACGGACGUAG